CAGAGUUUUCUGUACCUGACUUUACAUCACAACACUGUCAGAUUGUUGUUGUGUUGUUAUUUCAGACAUCUGAACUGUUGAAGAAAAUGUUUCUCAUGUUUGUUUUUCUCUCUUUCUGCUUCACUUCUCUGGUUGGUGUGUUUGGUGAUGAAGUGAAGUCAGUGAUGGAGGGAGAUUCUGUUACUCUACACAGUAAUGUUACUGAAAUAAAGAGCGACGGUCAGAUACUCUGGAGCUUUGGACCUCAAAAGUCUCUCAUAGCUAAAAUUAAUAGAGAAGCUAAUAUAGUCUCAAUAAAUGAUGAUGUUCUUGAUGGGAGAUUCAGAGACAGACUGCAGAUAAAUGAUCAGACUGGAGAUCUCACCAUCACAAACAUCAAUACUGAAGACUCUGGACUUUAUCAAAUAAACAUCAUCAGCAAGAAGACGUCCUCACACAGAUUCAAUGUUAUUGUCUAUGCUCCUCUGCCCAAUCCUAAUAUCAACAGAGACUGUACACAAAAUUCUAUAUUAUCAUCAAUCUCAAACUGUUCAUUAUUGUGUUCAGUGAUGAAUGUGAGAGAUGUGAGUCUGUCCUGGUACAAAGGAAACAGUUUAUUGUCCAGCAUCAGUGUGUCUGAUCUCAACAUCAGACUCUCUCUACCUCUGGAGGUUGAAUAUCAGGAUACAAACACAUACAGCUGUGUACUCAACAAUACCAUCACAAACCAAACUCAACAUCUCAACAUCACUCAUCUCUGUCACAAGUGUUCAGGCCGGCGAAGUGCUGGUGGUCUAACUGGCAGCGAUUAA